AUGGUACCGCACCAUCCAAAUGAUGCGAUGCGGGAAAUCCAGGAGGCUCAGAAAGAGCAGCGAGAGGCAUUGGAGAUGCUAACAAAACAGCUUUCUCAAGUUGCGAUGUCACUGGGUGAGCUAAGGGGGAAUGAAGGAAAAAUCCCGGCUACUGUACAGUCGUCUGGUCGUGAGCACAUCAGUGAAGUAUCUCUGAGGUCGGGAAGAGUUUUACAGGGCCCCAGUUAUCCUGCAAUGUCUCCUGCAAAGGAUUCUGGACCAAGCUAUGAAAAAGAGGGAGGAUCCAAAGUUGAAGAUCGAGCAAAAGAAAAAGGCAAGGGAAAGGUGGGAGGUGAAACCUCGAAAGAGAGUCAGAAAGAAGAAGCUGAGAAGGUUAAGCCAUAUCCGUAUCGCGGAAUGGUGACAAGAAGGAAAGAAGCCACAAUCGAUGUGGCAAAUAUGUUCAAGGAUGUAGACGUGAAGGUGCCGCUUUUAACGGCAUUAAAAAGCCCCCGAUCAGCAAAUUCAUUAAAGACUACCUGGCAGGGAAGGUCAAUGAGGAGGGUAGAGCACGCCAUGUGUGACUUGGGGGCAUCUAUCAAUGUUCUGCCAUACUCCAUCUAUCGGAAGCUGGGAGAGGCCAAGCUAGUCUACACGGAUAUAAUAACACAGCUGGCCGACAGAUCAUGUAUUCACCCCGAAGGAAUUCUGGAAGACGUUAUUGUAAAGGUGAAUAACUUUCUAUACCCAGCUGAUUUUUUUCUAAUCAAGAUGACAGAGCCCACAACAAAAGAGUCGAGUGGAGUCCUACUGGGACGACCGUUCUUGUCCACGGCCAGCACUAUCAUAGACAUCCGUAAUGGGACGAUCAGUCUGGACUUCAAAGGAGAGCAGUAUACGUUCAAUAUCGAUGAGGCCAUGAAGAGGCCAGCCGACGGAGAAAACGUGUACUCCUUGGAUGUAAUUGAACCCUUGGUGCAGGAAGAAGAAUUUUUAAAUAGGCAGUUCACGGACUCCGCUGUAGAUAAAGAGGUCGAAAAGGAAGUAGAAGAGUGGUUUUAG